AAUUCUCAGUCCUUUGCGUGUCUUCAUUUUCAAAUUUAAUUCAUUUUCAAACUGUCAUUGUAUUUUUUCUUAAAUAUUUUCCCUUAAUGGGAUGGGGGUUGGGUUCCUUGAUGAUAAAUUUAGAUGUGUAUUUCAAAACUACAUGUUUGUAUAAGGAAUCGAGAUCAAUCCAUUACCAUACUCAGUCUAGAAGGGAUAAGAAGAUGUAUGAUACAAUACUAAGAGGAAAAAGUGUCUUCAGUAGUUGGAAAUUUGCGAUCAUUCUCUUAAAACCCCAGUGGAUGUAUAGCGGUUUUUGUAUUUUUAGAAAUAUUUCUACUCAUUGGGAUGGGUUGGUUGCUUUUUUGUUGGGAAAAGAAAUUUAG